UUGAAGGGCUUAUGUCCAUGGCGCAAGUAUCGCCUGAACAUAAAGUCCCAGAGUAUGAACUCCGGAAACACGCUGGCGCUACUUAAACGGCCAAACAUUAUCGUCAUUCUGUUCCGGAUUGUAAUCUCUAAUCUCUUUGUCUCCCUAACUCUUUAGCCAUCUUCUACUUUUACUUCUUUCUCCCAACUCAGCUGCUUUAGCAUGAUAUUUGUGAAGGCUCAGAGGACUAAGGCUUGCUUCAAGAGGUUGUUCUCAACUGCUUCUUCACCUCUUCCCCUAGACCCUGACCCACCAGAUCUUGCUUCUCAACUCUUUACAAUCCUCUCCAAUAACCCUACAAACUGGCAAAAACACCCCUCAAUUAAAAAGAUCCGUCCUUUCAUUUCUGCAUCUCAUGUUUCUUCCCUCUAUAAAUUGAACUUGAAUCCCCAAAUUGCUCUUGACUUUUCUUAUUGGAUUUUGCAGAAACCUGGGUUUAAACAUAGUGUAGAAUCAUAUUCUUCUUUGGUUAAUUUGUUAAUUGGGAGUAAUUUUGCUAAGGCAGGUGAAAAAAUUGCUUCUUUUAUGUUUAAAUCUUGUCAUUCGUAAGAUGUUGGUGUCGCAUUGGAUUUUGUGAGGAAAAUAAAUGAUGGUGAUGGUGAGUCUAAGUUUAAGCUUAGUGUUAAGGGUUAUAAUACAUUGCUGAUGUUGUUGGCAAAGUUUUGUUUGGUUAAAGAAAUGAAGUGGGUUUAUUUUGUAAUGUUGAAGGACAUGAUUGUUCCUAAUAUAUAUACUUUUAAUACAAUGGUUAAUGGGUAUUGUAAGGUGGGAAAUGUUGUAGAGGCUGAGUUGUAUGUGAGUAAGAUUGUGCAGGCAGGUUUGAGUCCAGAUACAUUUACUUUUACAUCGUUGAUAUUGGGGCAUUGUAGGAAAGAGGAUGUAGAUAGCGCAUAUAGGGUGUUUAGAGUGAUGCCGCAAAUGGGUUGCCGAAGAAAUGAGGUUUCGUAUACGAAUUUGAUACAUGGUCUUUGUGAGGCGAAACGGGUUGACGAGGCUAUAAAGUUGUUUAAGAAAAUGAAUGAGGAUGAUUGCUGGCCAACUGUGAGGACUUACACAGUGAUUAUUUAUGGGUUAUGCGAAUUAGGUAGGAUUGCAUUGAGAUUUUUCAAUGAGAUGUCCGAGAAAGGGUGUGAGCCUAAUGUUCAUACUUACACCGUGUUGAGUUGUUUUUGUAAAGAGAAUAAGCUUGAUGAUGCGAGGAGGAUGUUGACUGAGAUGUUGGAGAAAGGAUUGGUUCCAACUGUGGUCUCAUAUAAUGCAAUGAUUGAUGGAUAUUGUAAGGAAGGAUUGAUGGAGGCUGCAUUGGAAAUUUUGGGUUUGAUGGAGUCAAAUAAUAUUAGUCCAGAUGCUAGGACAUACAAUGAAUUGAUUUUUGGGUUAUGUAAAAAGAAAGAUGUACACAAGGCAAUGGCGCUACUUAAUAAAUUGCUUGAGCUCAAGUUGUCACCAACCUUGAUUACCUAUAAUUCGUUAAUUCAUGGACAAUGUAGAGUGGGUCAGUUAAUAGAUACUGCAUAUAGGUUGCUUGGUUUGAUCAAUGAGAGUGGUCUAGUUCCUGAUCAGUGGACUUAUAGCAUUUUCAUAGACACUCUUUGUAAAAGAGGGAGUUUGGAGGAAGCUCAUGUAAUGUUUGAGUCUCUCAAGGAUAAAGGCAUAAAGGCAAAUGAAGUAAUAUAUACUGCUUUGAUUGAUGGGUACUGUAGGGCUGGGAAAAUAGACAAGCAUUCUUUCCUUGAGAGAAUGCUUACUGAUGAUUGUUUGCCAAAUUCGUACACUUAUAAUUACUUGGUACGUGGGUUAUGCAAAGAGAAGAAGUUGAAGGAACCAUUGGCAUUGGUCGAAAAGAUGGUGAACAUGGGAGUGUGUCCCACGGUUUGCACUUACACAAUUCUCAUUAAUGAAGUAUUGAAGAACGGAGACAUUGACCAUGCUCAUAGGCUUUUAGACGAAAUGCUUUCCUUUGGAUAUAAACCAGAUGUAUUCACAUAUACUACAUUUAUUCAUGCUUAUUGUAGCACAGGGAAAUUAAAUGAGGCUGAGGGUUUAAUGGUCAAAAUGGAUGAAGAAGGAGUUGUGCCAGAUUCGGUGACUUACACUCUACUAAUUCGUGCAUAUUUAAAUAUGGGUCUAGUAUAUUCUGCAUUUGAUGUUCUCAAGCGCAUGUUUGAUGCUGGUUGUGAGCCUUCUCAUCAUACAUAUGCUUUUUUAAUCAACCAUCUCUCAAAGAAAAAGUUGAUGAAGGAAAACAGUGAUGUAAUGGGACUUUCUUUGGUUUCAAAUGUCAAAUUUGUUGAAGUUGCUGAUGUGUGGAAGAUGAUGGAAUUUGACACUGCAAUGGAGUUUUUUGAGACAAUGCUCAAACAUGGAUGUGUACCUAAUGUUAACACAUAUGGAAAGCUCAUCGUAGGACUUUGCAAAGUAGGGCGCUUGGCUGUAGCCCAAAAGUUAUUUGAUUAUAUGAGAGAAAGAGGAAUACCCUCAAAUGAAGAUAUCUAUAUAUCUCUUCUCAGUUGUUGCUGUGGAUUGGGAAUUUAUGAGGAAGCUGUGAGACUGAUGGAAGCUAUGAUUGAACAUGGUCACUUACCACAUCUGGAGUCCUGUAAACUACUUCUUUGUGGGUUAUACGAUGAAGGGAACAUAGAGAAGGCAAAAGAAGUUUUCAAUAACUUGCUUGAUUGCGGAUAUAAUAAUGAUGAAGUAGUUUGGAAAAUUCUCAUUGAAGGCUUACUUAAAAAGGGCUUUGGGGAUGGAUGUUCAGAACUGCUAGGCAUCAUGGAAAAGAAGGGUUGCCAGAUUCAUCCUCAAACAUAUUCAAUGUUAAUUGAGGGACUUGAUGGAAUAUAAGAUGUCAAUUUGAGAAAUUGUUUCUAUUUUACCUCUGUCCUUUUGAAACCGGAUUACAGAAGCGAUACCAUGCAAACUAGGCUAGCCACAUCCAGACCAGAGAGUAAAAUGUUGCUGAUGCAUUGAGCUUGAGUUGUCUUGGUAAUCUGUUUGUAUCAUUACAGAAAAGUUUUCAUGUGAGGCUGAGCAAAGAUUAGAAGAUCCACUGUGUUAAUCUGCCUUGCAGAAUGAAAUGUUGCUGAUGCAUUGGCCUUGAAUGACUUUGAUAAUCUCUCGCAUCAAAAUGUAAAGUUUGUGUGUGAUGGAGGCUGAGCAAAGAUUAGAAGAGCCAUUGCUUUUUCUGCGUUUAGGCAGAUGGAUGAGGUUGAAACAGCAUCAGAUUCAGUACAAUUUUUGUCACUUCUUACUCCAUUGAAUUAUGGAUCAUGCCUCAUAUCGGAAAGCUCCUUCUAAUACUACAUUUGUUGAAUUUGCUAUUGCUAUUGGUACUCUUACUGACAGUACUGGGGUCAUCUUGCAUGUUAGUUUAAAUGACUAUUCUGUGGCUGACACUCCCAGUGUAACGGCGUCUAUCUCUUCAUUUUCUUUCUGUUUGAUGAAAUUUGGUAAAAGUCUAGUGGUCUCUCUAUUAUUGCUCUACAUCACAGGAUGUGUCACAUUUACUGACGAAGUGAGGAUGAGUGUCACAUUUACAAUAGCAGUAAUGUGCACAUCCAAAAUAUAUCAGUUUGUGCUCUGACAGAAUCCCCUUAUAUUGUUGGUAUAGUCCCAGAUUCUUCUGAAAAUGUGUGCAUUGAGGACUGCAGCAUUGCCAUUGGGCAUGAUGCUAUGUGCUGCUAUUGCUCUUAAGAGUGGUUGGGAUGAGUAUGACAUUGCCUAUGGUAGACCAACCACAUAUAUACAUAUAAGAAAGGUCCAUCAUCAAUCAUCUUCAGGUUCUACUGUUGCCUUUGGAAAUGAAAUGUAUUGUGGCAUUUCUAAUGUAUUGGUGGAGAAGGUCCACCUUUACAACUCAUUAAAUGGUGUUGAGUUCAGAACAACCAAGGGUAGAGGUAGUUAUAUCAGAGAGAUAAUCAUAUCGGAUGUUGAUUUACAAAACAUCCACAUGGCAUUUGGUGCCAGCUCUGGGACCCAUCCUGAUGAUAACUUUGAUCCAAAUUGUUUCCCAGUUCUAGAUCAAAUCACCUUGCAAGAUAUCGUUGGCAGAAACCCUAAACCCUAAACAAUAGCAGAAAACUUUUCAACAAUACAAGAAUCUCCCUUAACCAAUAAAUGUUUAUCAAAACAAUAAUGUUAUAUGCACCAACAGUUGGUACUUAAAUCUGUACCGAUUGGCUUGGAGAAUGACAUGGCAUAUACCAUCUCAUCUGCCACAUCACCAUAUCAGCACAACAGAUUCCAAUAUUUUUUUUUUUUAAAUUCCAUAAAUCACAAUUUUCUCAAAACACCAAAAUCAGAACUAGCAAUUCUCUCAAACACAUUGUUUACCACCAUCACUGUCGGCCAUUGUUUUCCAGUCCUAUUCCACUACCGUUCAAUCUUGUGCACAUAGCAUAACUGGUGCUAUUUUUUCCAUAUAAAUCUCCCAUCUUUCAAGCUAAACUAUCUCUUGGAAGAAAUUCACAGACUGUGAAGAAUGGGGUUGACUCAUGAGUCAGCUUCUGUUGAAUUUGUGUUUCUUGUUUUUAAUCAUAAAAGAACCAGAAACCCCUUUUAAUUAUUUUAGUCAAACCUCAGCUUGCUGUGGACUCCAAGGACGAUGAUUUCUAUGGCAGUGAGGCCAUAGGUUAUGACAGUGACUACUACAACACUGACAAAUUUUAAAUUGCAUGCCUUGUUGCCAACCCUGGUCUAAAAAUUUCCAGAAGGAGGCUGUACAUGGUUUGACAGAGAUUUUGAGUGAGGAUAUAAAAGGUGCAUGCCUAGUUGCCUGUUGUUACCUGACAUAAAUUCAACAUCCUCUCCUUCCGCUUAUUAAGGUUUAUGUUUAUAGCACUGUAUUUAGAAUUUUUAUUCCUAUUUAAUUGGUGUUGAGUACAUAAUAAUUGAUUAAAAUUUAUAGCAUUGUAUAAGGUGUCUGAUGGACUUGCAUUGUUCUUUUAUUUGGCGGAUACAUCUUAUAGGGUAAUUGGUUUCCUUUUUUCUUUUCUUUUAAUUUCUCUUUUUGAAGGGCCAAACAUGAUUUUAAGGAAAUGAAUAUACAUAAGAAGAAUAGGAUCUACUUCUCCAAUAAGAAAAAUUAUGAUAAAGUGGCUUGUAUAAACUGUUCUACUGGAUUUAGACCUUAUGCUGCAUGGUUUCUGCCCAACCAUUCUACUUGCAGCAUAAUUGGUAUCCUCAUGGUGUUUAGGCUUUCUAUAUCUCGUUACAUACUAACUCUUUCAGAUGCCCUGUGACUUUCUGCUCUGUUUUGGCUUUCAGGCUAAUCUGAUUCAAUAUAGAAAUAUAAUUAUUGACUCAAAAUCCGGGUGUGAGUGGAGCAGGUAGGAACUCAUUUUCAUCCUUUCAGUUAUUUUCAGUUUAUCUCCAUAUACUUUGUAACAAUUUGUGAUAUGUGUUCCCUGUUGCAUUCCUUGAGUUUUGAGCUGCUGUCCCUUUGCAGCUUUUAUGGUUAUGAUCGCUGGAAUUUUAAGUUUAAUUGGGUUAGGAAUUGAGUGGUGGUUGAAUAUUUAUUUUUUUCUUUUUGAACAUUUUGGUUUUGCUUUAAUGGUUAAUUGUUGGAAGAUUAUUCCUGUUGUUUGUUUAGAAGGGAAAUGGCAUCAUGGUGAGGUGAUGUAUAGAGGAGGAUCAUAAUAAAUCCUUAAUUUAAUAUUAAUAUUGCCUCACCUGUGGAAUUUGUUAUUUCUGCAUUUUGAGUUGGUAAGGUGAAUUGCAUUGUGUUGUUCUCUGCUGUUUUUAUGCGGAGUAAUACUUUAUGAACAAACAAAUCUAAUUAAUUUAUUCAAUCAAACAGACAGGACAGCAUAUGAUUGUGUGAUUUUGAAGUGAGAAAAAAAAAUAUGCAGUCACAUGUUGUCACAUUAGUUUGUGCAAAUAAUUUAGUAAAAUUUCUUUUUGCAUCUAGUCCUAUACUUUAUGCUAAUUUGGAAACUUAGAGGAUUUUGUAGAGGGAAGAAGUUAGUGAAAGUAUGUGGUUGUGGCUGUUCUUUGGGUAUUUGGUAGGAAAUGAACUAGAGAGUAUUUUUAGGUAAACAGAAACAGUUCUUACUGGUAAUUGGACAGUCUUUGUGUACUGGCAUCAAAGGAAUUUUAAAGAAGUUCAUUUUCUUCUUCACUUAUUGGGAUUGAGAGACAUUUGAUUGUAAUUUGGGUUGUUAUGUGCUCUUUUAUGGCAUUCUUCGGCAAUUUCUCACGACAUGAAUAGGUACUGAAGGCUUUUGUUCAUGGAGAUGGUAAUUUGUUCAAUAAACUAUCUGGAGUUGCAGGAGGCUUUGGUUUGGGUUAUUUUCGUUCAAAAUUCCUAAAUUCAAUGGAGCGGAAUGCUGAGGGCCUCUCAAGGAAGCCGUGAAACUGUCUAGUGCUGGUGGUGGGACUAACCAGGAAAGUUUCAUAAGCAAUUGGGAAUUAUCGGAACCAUGUCUAUUAUGGUUAUUAGUACUUUGUAAUAUACGAUAUGUAUUAUAUGAUAUGAUUUGAUAUAAAUAAAAAAUAAUGUGUUUUAAUAUA